AUGCAGGUACCUGGUGGCGGCGACCGCUAUUGCCACGCUGCUAGAGGCAGUAGUCCUGUUCCUCAGCUCGAAGAAGAAGGGCAGGAGAAAGACAGCCUGGAGGGUGCUCAUGCUGCUCCACGGCGCCGUCGUGCCCGCGCUGCUCUACACGUCCGCCGGCGCGCGUUCGCCGUCAGUUGGGACGUCUCCUACUACUUGGAGCCCAGUGGGAGAAGCUUCAGCGUCUGCCACAGCAGCGUCGGCGGCGGCUGCUUCUGCGAGCAGGUGCACGUGUCCAUGUGGCUCGCGCUCGGCGCCGUGUCCAUUGCUGAGUUCCUGACCACAUUGCGAUGGUGCCAUGGCAGUGGGUUGGGUUCGGACUCUGGCUCUGACUCAGACUCGGACUCGGAUUCGGAGUCCGUCUGUCGGCAUGGGUGCCAUUGCAAGCAUUAG